AUGAUGCUCCGAACAUCGCGCGCUCUCAUGGGCACUGCGCAAAGGCUGCCCCUCUUGAUGCGCUCUACCCAUACCAAGUCCUUCAACACCCCUGUUGCGACAUUCGUAUCCCGCAAAGCGGAACUACAAAAGUCUACCGGCUCCCCGUUGGUUUUGCGAUCAGCCUUCUCAUCCAAGCCACCGCUUCAGCCCAACCAAAUCGAUACGCAGUUUGAAAAGGAAUUGGCCCAGCAAAAGCUCAAGGCAGACCCUGAGCACGUCUCCGAAGACUCCUCCGUCCGUCCUUUCUUUGAGCAGGACCAAGCUCCACCUUCAGGAGUCCAGGCAAAGGAUACCAGCAAAAGUCUCAAAGAUGACUUGGGUCUUGUCAAGGACACUCUGGCGCUCAAGACUGUACCUCGAGAGGCAUACGCCCUCGGUUUUGCCGGCACUAUUCCUUACCUAGCUACUUCUCUCUCGACCGUCUACCUCUCCUGGAACCUCAACCAGCGGUACCCUUCCGAGUCCGACCUCCUCAAUACCAUUCUGUUCAGGCAUGAGACGGUCCGAGACCUGCUAGACAUCAUUGAACCCAUCCAAGUGGGCUAUGGUGCGGUUCUCAUCUCCUUCCUUGGUGCCAUUCAUUGGGGUAUGGAAUUUGCCGAGAAGACUCCUUCGCCUGCCCGCACCCGCUUCCGCUACGGCCUGGGUCUGUUGGCACCUAUCGUUGCUUGGCCCAGCGCAUUGAUGCCUAUCCAGUGGGCGUUGACCUCGCAAUUCCUGGCCUUUACCGGUCUCUACUAUGCCGAUUCCCGCGCGACCGUCAAGGGUUGGGCGCCCGCCUGGUAUGCCACCUACCGUUUCGUCCUGACCGGUAUCGUUGGUAUCGCUCUCUUUAUCAGCAUCCUUGGUCGUCUCAAGAUCGGCGAAACCCACGCUCGCCUUAGUACCGAAGAGUUGACCGAUCUCGUGAGCUACAAGACUGGAGCUGACAAGCCUUACCACGAUUGGGAAAAGGAGGAGGCCGAGGAGAGGAAGAGAAUCAAGAAGGAGAAGCAGGAGGCGGAGAGGAAGAAGAAGGAAGAGGAGGCCAAGAAGAAUCAGGAGGAAAAGGUCAACAAGCACAAGGCCAAGGGCAGCUCCGACAUUAAGGAAAAGUCGGAAAACAACAAUGACGUGGACAGCAAGAAGGAUGGUGACAAGAACGUCAACCCUGACAGCAAGAAGUCCCCGGAUGACAAGAGCGAGGAUGACAAGAGCGAGGACGACAAGAGCGAGGACGACAAGAGCAAAGAUGACAAGAGCGAGGAGAAGUGA